UGAUCGUUUCAGGCUCGCGUCACUUCGGCUCAGUUCGGUCUCCAGUCUAGUUCAUCGCAGCAGUUCGCUCGCAAAAACGUGGAAUAACUUGGCUUGCUUUGAUUAGUAUUUUGCACUAGUUGUGUUUCUCGUUAUCAAUCCCGCGGUUUACCGAUCUCGUUAGAAUCAUGUCCCAUUUCCACCUACAACUGUUCGCCUUUCGGCUCAAUGAGAUUAUCGAUGACUAUCUCCAGCGAGUCAACUGGAUCUACGAGGGCGCCGUCCCGGAGAUCGAUCACCUGUUGGAGGCGAUCGAUUCCACCUGUUCGAAGCAGCAUGUGUCCAGCCCGCAAUCGCUGGUAUUCGGAGAUAUUCAGUCCUGUCGGGACAUUGUGCGGUUUUUUGAACCGAUCCAGUGCUGUGGGAAAAGCCUCUUGAACAGCGACACGCUGAUGGUGCACUUGAUGCAUCACGCCGCCGAUGAACGGGAAGAACUGGACAGUGGCACUAAGCGCACGGCCAUUCUCUUCAACUUGUUCGUCCAACUUGGCACGGGUAUUCUUGACCGCUACGACAACAACUACGACCAGAUUGAGCAAUACACCGCUCAACUGCUGCGCAAGGCAUCCGAAUACCUAAGCUGCAUUCUGGGCAAGCCGAUCCGAGGAGAUGCCCAGGCUGCGGUCACCUUCAUCGAGAAUGUCACCUUUGCCAAGUGGAAGUACGUGUUCGACUACACGUGCAUCCCGUGUACCAACAGGGGAAUCGACAACUGCCGCUACGAGGAUGCAAUCGCAUGGUACAAAAUCCACCUCAACACGAUGGGGUCCAACCCGAUUCGCCACCUGGGCACCAAGAUGCAUGGAGUAAGCCUUCGGGAUUGUUUGGGGGAUCGCGUUGUUGCACCAACUCCUUCGGUGAUUCGGGAGGUUCGACCAAGUCCCCAGCUCUCCACGGCUACCAAGUACCUCAUGGAGGUCCGUGAAAGCGAGCUGGACAAGCUUUGCACGAUCGGAACGGCAGUUCAACGGAACACGCCUUACCAAGCCGUCAGAGCUUAUCUUCAGGCGAAACUAGGAUCUAUUCUCAAGAGGAGCACCAUCGAACCAUUCGGCUCGCGAGUAACUGCAGUAGCCAAUCAGAAUUCGGAUCUUGAUCUGGCCAUCAAAGUGGAUCCUAGCAUGCAACCGAAAACUGCCUACCAAAAAGUUCUUGCAUGGGCCAGAGCAAACGAUCAGGAAGUGAAUGUAGAACGUCAGAUCCCUGACGGACCUUUGGUUCUUCGCUUGCAGAUUCAUUCCCUGCAAUUGAUCGUGGACCUUACGUUCAACAGCCCAUACGUGGUUGGUAAUGCAAAGAUCAUUGACUACUUCUACCGACUUCAACCGAUGGCCCGCAAACUAUUCUUCUUGCUCAAGGAAUGGAAGAAGCGAACUGAUAUCGGCAAGAACUUCCACCACAAUGUCCUAACUUCCAUGAUCGUAUUCUACAUGCAAACGGAACAGUAUCUUCCCCCAAUCACUCCGCUGAUCAACGGUCCCCAAAAGGUCAACGCCUUAUACAACACGGAAUUCGUUGAGCUCAUCACCCUGUAUCGACUUCCGAACAGCUUUCUGGCCCUCGUAAAAGACUUCUUCACCUAUUGGUCUCGCUUCGAUUGGGCCCGUACCGGUGCAUCGGUCAAGGACGCCAGAGUCCGACCCAGAAGCACCUUCCACAAUGUGCGCAACCCGACCCAGCCGAUGAUGAUAACGGAUUAUUUCGACGUUACUCGCAACGUGGCCGGAAAUGUCGCCCCAGGGGACUGCGAGAAGUUUGUCCGGGCCUGCAAAGAGGCAGCAGGCGCUCUGAAGGCCAAACAGACCAUCUGAAGCAUCGUAUCAGGUUCUUAGUUGACGAAAUAGCUCGUAGCAUCUAUUCCGAAGGCGCGAAUAGAAAUCAUUUGAAUUCUUGAAAUGUGCUUAUACCUUGAAUUAUAGAAACUUCAAUAAAGGACAAAUAGUUGUAUGAUAAAAUACUGACGUUUAA